AUGGGGUUAAGGCGAGGGGGCAAAUCGUCGAUAUGUAAAGUGGUUUUCCACAAUAUGCAACCAUUGGAUACGUUGUAUUUGGAAUCCACCACAAAUCCGACCACAGAGCAUUUUUCGACCCUCAUAGAUUUGGCCGUUAUGGAGCUUCCGGGGCAGUUGAACUAUUUCGAGCCGACAUAUGACUCUGAAAGGCUGUUCAAGAGUGUUGGUGCGCUGGUAUAUGUCAUUGACGCACAGGAUGAGUAUAUGAACGCGUUAACGAAUUUCGCUAUAAUCAUAGAAUAUGCACACAAGGUGAAUCCGAAUAUUAAUAUCGAAGUAUUGAUUCACAAAGUAGACGGGUUGAGCGAAGAUUUCAAAGUGGAUACGCAGCGUGAUAUCAUGCAACGUACAGGUGAAGAAUUGCUCGAGUUAGGACUGGAUGGUGUGCAAGUCUCGUUUUACUUGACGUCUAUUUUCGAUCAUUCCAUUUACGAAGCGUUUUCACGUAUAGUACAAAAGCUUAUUCCCGAGCUGCCCUUUCUGGAAAACAUGCUCGAUAAUCUGGUACAGCAUUCCAAAAUCGAAAAAUGUUUCCUGUUUGACGUCAACUCCAAGAUCUACGUUUCUACAGACUCUGCGCCUGUCGACAUUGUUACCUAUGAGACCUGUGCAGAGUUCGUUGAUGUCACCAUCGAUUUGCACGAUCUUUACAAAGAUCAGGCCAAAAAGGACACAUCGCGCGAAUUGAAAAGCGUAUCAGCACUGAACAACGGUGUCGUGAUUUAUCUGCGUCAAAUGAUCCGUGGGCUGGCCCUCGUGGCACUCAUAAGACCUGACGACACUGACGUUGACAGCUGUCUAACAGUCGUUGACUAUAAUGUCGACAUUUUCAAAAAUGGACUUGAAAACGUAUGGGCACAUGCCAGAAUAAAACCGGAAGACGGAGACAACUCAUACGCCUAA